AGCCUCCGCGCCUCCCCCGGCCAGCGCUUCCCGACCCGGACGCCCGCCGCCACUCUCCGCCCCGGGCCUCUCCUGUCUCCGUCCAUCCAUCCGUCCUUCCUUCGGUCCGUGAGUUCAAGACCCGCCGCUCCGACCCACCCGCAGCCGCCGAUCGCAUCCAUCCAUCCCAUCCAUCCAUCCAUCUGCUGCGCCCCAGCAACUUGGCGUCUCCGUCCGGAUUCCUCUUGCGCGCCACAAUGAGCUCCAGCACCGCCAGGGCCAUCGCCGUGGCCGUCACCCUUCUCCACUUGACCAGGCUGGCGCUCUCCACCUGCCCGGCGUCCUGCCACUGCCCUCUGGAGGCGCCCAAGUGCGCCCCGGGAGUCGGCUUGGUCCGAGACGGCUGCGGCUGCUGUAAGGUCUGCGCCAAGCAGCUCAACGAAGAUUGCAGCAAGUCGCAGCCUUGCGACCACACCAAGGGUUUGGAAUGCAAUUUCGGCGCCAGCUCCACCGCUCUGAAGGGGAUCUGCAGAGCUCAGUCUGAGGGCAGACCCUGUGAAUAUAACUCCAGAAUCUACCAGAACGGAGAGAGCUUCCAGCCCAACUGUAAGCAUCAGUGCACUUGCAUCGACGGGGCCGUGGGCUGCCUUCCUCUGUGCCCCCAAGAACUGUCUCUCCCCAACCUGGGCUGUCCCAGCCCCCGGCUGGUGAAAGUCACUGGACAGUGCUGUGAGGAAUGGGUCUGUGACGAGGACAGUGUCAAGGACUCCAUGGACUUGGACGACCAGGACGACCUCCUUGGCAAAGGCCUGGGAUUCGAUGCUUCGGAGGUGGAGUUGACGAGAAACAACGAACUAAUUGCAGUUGGAAAAGGCGGCUCUCUGAAGCGGCUCCCUGUCUUUGGCAUGGAACCUCGAAUUCUUUACAACCCUCUGCAUGGCCAGAAAUGUAUCGUUCAAACAACUUCAUGGUCCCAGUGCUCCAAGACCUGCGGAACUGGUAUCUCCACACGCGUUACUAAUGACAACCCCGAAUGCCGCCUGGUGAAAGAAACCCGGAUUUGUGAAGUGAGGCCUUGUGGACAGCCAGGGUUCAGCAGCCUCAAAAAGGGCAAGAAAUGCAGCAAGACCAAGAAGUCCCCUGAGCCAGUCAGGUUCACGUACGCCGGAUGCUCAAGUGUGAAGAAAUACCGACCCAAGUACUGCGGCUCCUGCGUGGAUGGCCGCUGCUGCACCCCCCAGCAGACCAGGACAGUGAAGAUGAGGUUCCGCUGUGAAGACGGGGAAACAUUCUCCAAGAACGUCAUGAUGAUCCAGUCCUGCAAAUGCACUUACAACUGCCCACACGCCAGUGAGGCCUCCUUCCCCUUCUACCGGCUGUUCAACGACAUUCACAAGUUCAGAGACUAACUGCCUGCCAGCUUGACCGCCUGGGCUGGGCAGGGGAGGAGAGGAGGAGCGUGGGAGCAUCACCUCCAUGCGGGUGGGGGCAGUGAGGCGAGCGGACUCACCUCCGAAGGGAUGCCUUGCUCAUUCUCGAGUAGCAUGAAGGUAUUUCGUAACUGCCAGGGGUGCUGGGGCAGAGGGACAGCGAUGCAGCCGCAGUUGGAGAAUACUUCGCUUCAUAGUAUUGGAGCACUUGUUCCUGCUUCAUUUUGGAGCGUGUGGUGUGGAUGAUCUUCUGUUUUCUGUUUGUAAAUUAUUUGCUAAGCAUAACUUUUUUGUUGUUGUUGUUGUCGUUGUUCCUGUAAGCUUUUCUCCCAUUGGUUCUACAAUUGUAAUAGAGAUAAUAAGAUUAGCUGGGCAGUGAAAGCCUUGUUUGUCCUUUGACAGAAGUAAAUGGAAGGGCCUCCAUCCCUUCCCUCCGAGGGGGCGGGGGACACUCUGUGAGUGUCUGAGGGGCAGCUACCUGCACUCUAAACUGCAAACAGAAACCAGGUGUUUUAAGACUGAAUGUUUUUUUAUUAUUAUUAUUUAUCAAAAAAAUGUAGCUUUUGGGGAGGGAGGGGAAAUGUAAUACUGGAAUAAUUUGUAAAUGAUUUUAAUUUUAUAUCAGUGAAAAGAAUUUAUUUAUGGAAUUAAUCAUUUAAUAAAGAAAUAUUUACCUAA